CGCAUUUCGGCUCGGUUGGACUUUCAACCAGCAUUUGAACAAAUUCGCAGUAGAUCACUAUUGUACUUCGCAAGUGUUAACAAUAAUUUUUCAACAACAACUGGUCUAGUAAUUGUUUUUAAUUUAAUAUUUAGUACAUUGAUUCAUUAUGGAACAUGUUGAUGAGUACCCGUCAACAUCCUCUAAUUCUUCUCCUCCGCCUGAGCCAAAAAAUAUGGAUUCUAAUGACACGCCGAAAAAGGUAGUUUUUGGCAUAGACUUGGGUGGCACUUAUGCUCGUGUUGCGCUGAUCCAACCCAAAGAAAAUAAUAAAGACGGUUUCGUAGUAACAUUCAUCAAAGAUAUCCCAUCAGUUGUUUCAUUUCAGAAAGAUUCAGAUGGUAAAUGUUUGAUUGGUUUGGAUGCUGAAAAAAGAGCAGUGGGGAGUCCAUUGAAUACAUUCUACGCGACGAAACGUUUGAUAGGCAGAAGCGCAUUAGAUGAUCCUAUAGUUCAAGUAGCAAGGGAUCAUGUUGGUUAUACAAUCGUUACACACCCCUACGGAGAUGCCUGCGUGAUCAGCUUGAACGGAAGUUGGAUUUUGACUACAGCGCAAAUAGAAGCUUUAAUAUUAUUAAAACUACAAGAAUUUUGCGAAAGGGAAUUGAGUAAUACUCCUAUGGAAAAUAUUAUGCUCACUGUACCACCAUAUUUCAACGAUAAGCAAAAACAAGUUAUCAAAGAAGCAGCCUCAAUUGCUGGAUUAAAUGUCGUGGGUGUAAUAAAUACUCCUGUUGCUGCCGUCCUUGCUUACUCUACAACCCAUGAAACUUUGCAUGGUAGUAAAACUGUUGCUGUUUACGAUUUUGGAGGCACUAGCUUUUGUAUAACCAUUUUGAAAAUUAGUGAAGAUGCUACUGAUCCUGAAGUGAUAUCAACGAUGGAAGAUCUAUUUUUAGGUGGCGAAUAUUUCGAUGAAAAGUUAGUCAAUUAUUUGGUCACCGAAUUGAAAUCUAAAACAGGAAUCGAUGCUAAGCAAUGUAAGACCACCAUGCAGUACUUCAAAUUGGCAGCCAAAAAGGCUAAAAUAGAUUUAUCCUAUUGCACUGGAGUCGAUGUGAAUGUUUUCGAUAAUAAUUUGCAUUCGCUUGGUCUAUUACCUUCAAAACAUGACCGUGUAACCAUAAAGGUGACCAGAAAUAAAUUCGAAGAAUUGGUCGCAGAAUUGAUCAGCAAAACAAUUGGUCUGUGCCAAAAAGCGUUAGAAGACGCCAAAAUAUCCGUAUCAGAAAUCGACGAAGUUAUAGCAAUCGGUGGUAUCUGCAAAAUACCAAAGGUACAAGCCACUGUUGAAGAAUUUUUUGGAAAAGUGCCCAUUGGCGUUGAAAGUAUGGAAAUAGAUCGUGCCAACGCCGUUGUAGCCGGGGCAGCCUUUCGAGGUCACAUUUUAGCAUCAGAAAUUUCCAAAGAUCAACAACUACCUGCUCCUUCAAUCUAUCUUCCAGAAUUUGUGAAGGAGGGUGAAGUAUACGAUUUUGUAAUAUCAGAUGAUCUUGAUCUUGAUCAGGAUGCGGAUCUAAACAGUUCAUCGGAAUCGUACGUUUUAGACAUAGCGGAGUGUUCAAUUGUCUGUAAAACGUGUAAUCUCACUUCAGGAAACCCUCCUAGAUGAUGAAAACUUUUUAUUAAAUUUCAGUCUAAGGAGAUGUUGAUGGGUAAAAAGAGAAAUAGUGAAGGUGAAUUUUACCUACUUACUCCAAAGAAAUAUGAAUGAUGAGAUCUUAAUUUUAUAAAACAGAAAAUACCUGCUUAUAUGUAUGAAUCCUUGGAAAAAUACCUACCUCAAACACACUUGACUGAAUCCAGGAACCGUAAAUCCUCAAUGAUUGUAAGUAUUUUUUUUGUGAUUUGGGAAACAUUUUUGAAAUCCACAAUAUUUUGAAAGAUUUUUUUCGGAGCAUCGGCGUUGCUUAAAACUUUAGAAGAUUCGGCAAGUCCAACUUUUUAAUUAACGGUUUAUAUAAGUAAUUUGAUUAAAUUCGGUAAAUCACUAAUGCUUCUCUGUACAUAAUUUUUUAUUUGAAUUUUAAAUCUCAAAUUGUAUCAUUAAUUAUAAAAUCUGUACAAAGCUUUGGUAAUGUAUAAUGUGUAACCCAGUUUGAAGUCAACUUCUAUCUGGAUUCUGCUUAGAUUUCUGUACGUAAGUAAUUGUUUAGGUAUUGCUUACACGUGUGUGUUUAAUUCGAAUAAAUUUUUCGCUCAAGUAUGAAUACAACUUUCAUUCA